UUCACAUCGGUUUGAAGUGAAACUUUUAACUUAGUAGAUUAAAGUAGACUGGAUGAUGCGUUAUAGUUUAAUAACAGCGUGCGGGUAAUUAAUAAAAUUUUAGCGGUAAAGUAUUAUUUGUCGAUCAUUUCUGGCAUAAUUGAGUGCUUUUGACAGAAGAAAACUAUUGAAGGUUUCAAUAUUAUUGCUGUCUUAUUAGAAUGAUUGUUGUCUGUUAACAGAAAUAGAGAAUAAAAAUUAAUCCUACAGUUCUUUAUGCAUUUAAGAUCAUGCCAUCAGGUUAUCAAUACAUUGUAAAUGAAGAAACAAUUUACACUACUCUGCAAAAUGUUACAUGUUUGGAAAGUACAGAAUAUUUUGAUUCUGUUUGUGGCAUGAAUGCUAUUAUACCAAGUGAUAACAUGAUGUGCAAUGAAACAAAUAUGGAAGAGACUUGUCCUUAUCUAAAUAUAAUUGAACAACCUGCUGAUACAUUUCGUUAUCGUUAUAAAAGUGAAAAAGGAUCUCAUGGAGGUAUAAAAGGAGAAGGUGCUACUCGUAAAAAGAAAUGUUUCCCUACAGUCAAAUUGGAAAAUUGCUCUCCAAGCUGGAGAAAAAAAGUUGUUAUUAAAGUUAGUCUGUAUACAAAUGAAUCUGUUCCAAAGCCCCAUUUUUAUGAACUUGCUGGAAAAAAUUGUUCAAAUGGUAAAUGUGAAGUGAUAUUAGACGAAAAUUUUACAGUUGUAUUUCAAUCUCUGGCCAUUUUAGCUAAAAAAAGAGAAGAAGUUUUAGAAAUUGUGAAGCAAAGGAAAAUUUCAGAUAAUGAAUUUUAUGAUGAAGCUUCUAUAGAGGCAGAGAUCAAAAAUAUCAAUUUAGAUUCUGCAAGAUUAUGUUUUGAAGCUUUUUCUAUUGACAAUAAGAAUACUCCUUUGUGCAAGAGAGUUUUUUCUAAACCUAUAAAUAAUCAAAAAUCAACUGCUACUGGUGACCUGAAAAUUCUGCGGCUAAGUCGUUGUUCCGGAAAAUGUAGUGGCGGUGAUGAAGUCUGGCUAAUAUGUGACAAAAUAAGAAGAGAUGAUAUAAAAGUGCGCUUUUAUGAAGGUGAUUGGGAAGCAUUUGGUGACUUUAAUGUUACUGAGAUUUAUCACCAGGGAGUUAUAAUUUUUAAUACUCCCGCAUUUUACCAAAGAAAAGUACGGAGAAAAGUAUAUAUUCAACUUCUUCGUCCAUCAGAUAAAAAGUAUAGUGAACCUCGCCAGUUUGAAUACAUACCUGAUGAUGAUUAUGGCUUCCCCCAUCUACCAAAUAAACAUUUGCAAGAAUUUCCUGAAAUCUCAAGAAAUCACAAGAAAAGAAAACUAAAUUUUGUGGGAGAAACUGAAGAUUAUACAGCUAACAUCCAUAGUUCUGUCAUGGAUUCACCUCAAAGUACAGAAACUGAAGAUUCUGAAGCUGACUUGCGUAGUUCUGUCAUGGAUUCACCUCAAAGUAGUGUUAUGGAGAAUAUUAUUUCGAAAAAUUUAGGCUCUUGGCUCUUGGAUGGGAAUGACUCUGAAUUUGACUUGGCUCUGAAUUUUGAUCUUUUUCCUGACCUACUUGCUCCUGAUCAUGAAAAUGCUGACUUUGACACUUCUGAAGGUAUUUCUGCAAAUAUGGAACAUCAGUCUUACUUUCCUGAAAGUGUUGCUGCAGAUAGCAUAAAUCAGAUUUCAUUGUCGAUGGAUUCUUUGUCAUUUGCUGAUUGUUGUUGUAAGCAAGAAUUGAAAAUAUCAAAAAUGCAAAAAUCUUCAAAAGAUUUUAUAGAUGGAAUGAAAACAAUCCUUCAGAACAGGGUGGCUAGUACUUAUCUUCAUUAUGCUCCACAUUUAAUUCCUACAGAAGAUGAAGAUGGAAAUAGCAUGAUACAUUUAGCUAUUCUGGAACAAAAUGGAAAUUUGAAUCUCAUUAAGAAGAUGUCAGAAAUGGUUUCUGAAGAUAUAAUAAAUAAUCAAAAUAAGUUCAAAGAAACACCUUUGCACUUAGCAGUAAAAGGAGACCUUCCUAAGAUACUUGUACUUCUGUUGGCCAAAGGUGGGGAUCCAAAUCUACUUGACAGAGAUGGAAAUAAUUGUCUACAAUUGGCUGCAAAAUAUGGUCAUAUCAAUUGCUUAAAAGUAUUGAGGCUAUUUUCUGAAAAGGAAAGAAAAUUGAAACAUAAAUUAACAAUGGACAUAAAUGCUUUAAAUUAUGAUGGUAUGUCAGCUUUGCAUUUAGCAAUUAUAGGAAAUUUUCAAGACUGCAUGGAAUUCUUAUUGACUUGCAAGGCAGAUGUUAAUUUGCCUGAAAAAAAAUGUGGACGUACUUCUUUACAUCUUGCUAUUGAACAACCAUCUUUAUUGCAAACUAUUUUGAAGCAGCCAGAAAUAGACAUUGACACCAAAGAUUUUAGAGGAUAUACUGCUGUCCAGUUAGCUUGUAUGAAAACUGGUAAAUCAUUUGAAAUUGUUUCUGCACAGUUGGAAAAUGACAAAGAUAAAAUCAUAAAGUUUUUAGAGAAUUUUAAUCAGAAUGGAGGAGUGUGUGAUUUAGAAUGCAGUGAACUUGAAUCUGAUAGAGAAUCAACAUGCUCAAGUGAUUUUGAAGAUGCAGUUGAAGAAUUAAGUUCGAUUUCUUGCAAGGAAGUCAUCAGCAAAACUGUUUCAGUUGUUGAGCAAAAGAAAUCGAAUUUAAUGAAAACUGAAGAAGAACUUUACAAGUAUCUUGAUAUGAAUGAUAACUGGAAAAAAUUAGCUGACUUGAUAGGUUUGGAUACAGAACAUGUGGCCAUGUUUGAUGAAGGAUCGAGUCCUGGACUAACAAUUUUAAGGACAAUUAAGGACCUAUAUCACCCUUGUGAAUUGCAGACUAUAAUUGAAAUACUCAAAUUAACUGGAUUGGAAGAGGGUGUGCAUAUUCUGCAAAAAAAUUUAGUUUCUAAAAAACAUUAAAAUAAUGCAUGUGAUAUUUGGUUUGUAUAGUUGACUAGUCUAUUCUGUUGUUUUAUUAUUUUGCUUUUAAAUUUGUAUAACAAUUUCUGGGUGUUUUUGAACUAAGAAAAAGACUGAGAAAGUAAUUGCAUAUAAAAAAUAUUUUAUGCUGUCAGUGUGACACUCUAAAUGAAUAUCUGUUUAUUCAAUAAAGAGGUUAAGGAAAGA